AUGCAGUCGCCUCCAGCGUAUCUAUGAAUAUUUGUAUCAAAAAAAGCCACACGCUGCGGAUGCGAAGCAAAUGCUUUGCAAACAGUUUUUGGCUUUCACUGUCAUUUCCACGGAUUUUCACAUAUAAAGUGAUACUUGAGCCGCAUGCAUCACGUCCUGCCACCUACUGAACUGCCGCAUAGCAGCAAGUUAGCAACGCAUUUUCUACCACCUUGAAGUGAGGCUACGUGCAACAAGCGCAACAGUUUUUCGCGAGACCUCAACAUAAACGGAUGUGAAACAGUCGCCCCGUCCUGAGACUUGCGACCGCAGACACAAAAAAUGCAGCUGACAUUUAAAGAAUUGGAUACAGACGUAGCCGCGCGCAUUGAUGCGCUCUUCCCCAAGAAGGAGUGUUUCAUUGAGGUACUGCCCGGGCAUGUGGUGGUGCCGCGUAAAUUCACGAGCAUUGCGGAUUCCAUACGCGAAUUGCCCAUCUACGAGGAUGAUGUGUGGUUAAUCUCUUAUCCGCGUACGGGUUCCACUUGGGCGCAGGAGAUGAUUUGGCUGUUGGGCAAUAAAUUGGACUUCGAAGGCGCCAAACAGAUGCAACAGUUGCGUUCACCUUUAAUUGAGCUGUCGGCGCUCUUCAGCGAGGACCAUCAUGAGUGGGUGACAAAUUCGAUUGGCAACACCGUUGAUGUUGUGCGCAAUAUGCCACGUCCACGAUUUGGACGUUCACAUCUUACGUGGGACUUGCUGCCGCGCGGUUUCGAUACUGUAAAACCCAAAAUUAUUUACACCGCGCGUAAUCCCAAAGACCUCUGCGUCUCUUUCUAUCACUACUGUAAGUUGGUGCAUGGCCUCAAAGGUCCCUUCGAAGACUUUCUCGAGCUUUUCCUGGAUGAACGCUCGCCAAUGGGCUCAUACUGGAAUCACGUUUUGCCUUUCUGGCAGCGCCACAAUGAUCCGAACAUAUUGUUUUUGAAAUACGAAGACAUGAAACGCGAUCUGCCGAAAAUCGUACGUCGUUGUGCUAAAUUUCUCAAUGUAAACUAUCAACUCACCGAUGAGGACUUAGCGCGCAUUUGUGAGCAUUUGAAAUUUGACAAAAUGCAGGCGAACCCGGCAGUGAAUUUGGAGCCCUUGUUGAAUAAUGUCGAGGAUGGUCGAAACAAUAACAUCGAUAAAAGUAGCGUUGAAAGUAAAUUCAUACGAAAAGGCAAAAUAGGUGAUUGGCGGAAUUAUUUAACAGCGGACUUAUCAAAACGCUUCGACGAAUGGAUCGAGCGAAACUCCGCAGGAAGUGGACUUGUUUUCGAAUACGAGUAGUUCAUUCGAAUUUCAUUGAUAAAACAUGUCUUUUUUUUAUAUAAUUUUGUAUGUUUUUAAAUAUUAUUUAUAACUGUAUAUGUAUAAGGGUAUGUAAAUUAGGGAAAUAUCUUGACUUUGGAAUCGAAACAUGAAAAAUAAUUUAAUGAAUUCAUUGCACUCAUAUGGAGUGGUUUUGUUGCACUG